UGAACUCUGUCUGGCGCAGGAGGAGAGAAGAGAGGUACUGUAGUGCUGCUGUAGUCAGCAGCUAGGCAAGCAUGGAACGACGUUCGCGAGGAGCGUCGGCGAUGGAGGAGUAUCUCGAAAGGCCUCCCGACAUCAACCUUUGGCCCCAGGGCAGGCAAGAGUGCCACCGCUGCGGGAAGAGGGUUAGGCUCUACUGCCCUGAUUGCCUCAUCCUCGUGGGCACGCCGGAUGGGGUGGAGACUCCAACAGAGCUACGGCUACCGCUUCAGGUGGAUGUCGUCGUGACAGCUGAGGAGAGGAGACGCUCUUCCGGCGUGCACGUUGCCGUCAUGGCCCCCCAGUCCGUUCGAGUCGUCUCCUUCGAGGGAUCUGGCGGCGAUGACCUCUCGAGCUGCAGCUACCGACCGGAGAGCGACUUCGUCGUGUUCCCGAGCGCGGCGUCGGUCUGUUGGUCCGAGCUAUCGGAGGAAGAUCUCGCGCGGGUGCGUCGGGUAAUCCUCAUCGACAGCAGGUGGGUCAACACGGGUGCCGUAGUCGGCCACCCCAAGCUCAAAGGACUCCGCCACGUUCGCAUCCGCGAACCCCCCGCCGUGAGCCAGUUUUGGCGGUGGCACACAGAAGGGGAGGGCCACAUAUGCACCGCAGAAGCGACGUACCUCGUGCUGAAGGACUUCGAGGAGGCGACGGGAUUGGUUACUCGGGGUGGUCGGCUCGAGGACAUCCUCUUCCUCUUUGCCCUCAUGGGCUCGAGGAUCAAGGCUGCCUACGAGUCCGAUCCAUCUAAGUUGGGGAAGAGCUGCCCUUCAUCGGAAGAGGCCAAGCAGCGCCGACGAGUUCGACUUGUUCAGCUAGAUCGCCUCGUCAAGGCCAAGUACAAGGGGCUGGACGCGUUGAGGGAGAGGGACGGGGACGAGGCCGCGAUUGAAGAGUUCUUCCGAAGACGUCGCGGGGAAAGUGUUUACGACGCCGCUUCCACGACCAGCGCUUCCCUCGCACAACAGCCAGUCGGGGACUGUACUGAGCAGGGCGAGGUUGCUGAGCUGAGAGAGCCGUCGACUACAACUGAGGAAAACCGCAGCGGCGAGAACAGCAGCGACCGCAUCUUGUAG